CACAUUUACAACAUUACACAAAUCUUCUCUCCCUAUUUAUAACUCCAUUUUUCUCAUUUUACUUCAGCUAAUCAUGGGUGCCAUCACUUACGAUAUUGAGAUCCCUUCCUCCAUCUCGGCCGCAAAGAUUUUUAAGGCCGUGGUGCUCGAUGUUGACACCCUCGUCCCCAAGAUUAUGCCUCAGGCAAUCAAGAACGUCGAGAUCUUGGAAGGGGAUGGUGGUGCUGGGACCAUCAAGCUUAUCCAUUUUGGCGAAGGGAGUCAGUACAAGAGCGUGAAGCACCGUGUGGAUGCUAUCGAUAAGGAGAACUUGACCCACAGUUACAGCAUAAUCGAGGGAGAUGUUCUUGGAGGAGUGAUUGAAUCCGUUACUUAUCAUGUGAAGAUCGUCCCAACUGAAGAUGGAGGGAGCAUUUGUAAGAACAGAAGCAUCUACAACACAAAGGGUGAUGCUGAGAUUAGUGAGGAGAAGAUCAAAGAAGGAAAAGAGAAGGCCAUGGCUAUGUUCAAGGCCAUUGAGGCUUACCUACUUGCCAAUCCUGACGCCUAAAAGCUUCAAUUAUACACAGCCAUGCUUGCUUGAAAACUAUUGUUUUGUGUGAUUUUGUUUCUUGUUUCUUCGACUUUGCAUUUCCAAUAACAUUUAUUUUCGAUGUUUUCUUCUAAUCAAAGGGUUCUUUGUUUUUGUAUAUCAAUACAACGUCAAUGAGAUUAAUGUUAUUUCUAAUUUUUUA